AUGCACCAAGGGCCAGGAAGUGUGGCUGACAGAGUGUCCAGGGUAGAUUCUACAAAGGUUGUUGGUCCAGAUGGUCCUCUGGUUGUUGGAGCUGGUGAAGAUGUGAUUCUGCCCUGUUCUCUCAAACCCAGCAUCAGUGCUGUGGACAUGACAGUGGAGUGGUCUAGACUCCAUACAUCAGACUCACUGGUGCAUUUGUACAAAGAUGAUCAGUUUCACGUUGUUGGUCCAGAUGGUCCUCUUGUUGUUGGAGCUGGAGAAGAUCUGAUUCUGCCCUGUUCUCUCAAACCCAACAUCAGUGCUGUGGACAUGAGAGUGGAGUGGUUUAAACUCCAUACAUCAGACUCACUGGUGCAUUUAUACAAAGAUGGUGUUGACAGGAAUGAAGAUCAAAUUCAGUCUUACAGAGGGAGGACAUCACUGUUUAAAGAGGAACUGCAGAAAGGCAACACUUCAUUAAAACUAUUCAUAGUGAAAGUCUCUGAUGAGGGAGAAUACAAAUGUUUAAUCCAGUCAGAAAACUGGCAUGAUGAUGUUACUGUCCAAGUCAGUGUUGAAGUUGUGGGAACCAAGCCAGUGAUCUCUAUGGAGGGCUACAGUAUUGGUAAAGGGGUCAGUCUACUGUGUGAAUCAAAUGACUGGUGGCCUGAACCUGAAGUUCUGUGGCUGGACAGUGAUGGAAACCUUCUCCCUGCUGAAGAUACAGAGACACUCAGUGACCCAGAAAGAUUCCAUGUUAAAAAACGUGUCACUGUACAGGACAGUAACACCAACAGGUUCUACUGCAGAGUAAUACUGAGAGAUCAUAUGAAGGAGACAGAGAUUGUUAUAUCAAAGAGCAUUUUUCAUACCUGGAUAACUGCUGUUAUUUGCAUAUCAGUUGCAGUUUUAGUCAUCAUCAUUGGAUUAAUUGGACUUUAUUUCUAUUAUCGCAGAAUGAAAGAACAUACUGAGCAGAUACAAGAAGCAAAUCCCUACCUCAUCCUGUCUGAUGAUGGGAAACAAGUGAGAUGUGGAGAAGUUCGACAGAAUCUCCCUGACAACCCAGAGAGGUUUGAUGACAGUGUUCAUGCUCUCCUUGGAGUGGAGAGAUUCUCCUCAAGGAGAUUUACUAUGAGGUGCAGGUCAGUGGGAAAACUGACUGGAGUUUAG